CGCGAAGAAGCGACAUAGUGUAUAGGAAACAGAAACAGAGCAAGAAAGCUUGUGCAUUAGUGAAAUUAAAUUCGACAAGUGAACAGUGUUAUGGGAUUAUCAAGCGUCAUCUCGUUCAUAAAAAGAUCGUCUUUUUAGUUUGUUUUAAGAACGGAAAAAAAAUAAAAUAAAUUUUGUCGAGUAGUGAAAAAAAAAACAGAAACAAGAAGAAUCUUCACAUUUUAUUUAAUUCCUCGCGACACAUUGAGACAGCGGAGUGUCUUUGAAGUUUUUCCUUUAAUUUAGUUUUCAUUUACACGGCUUGCUCAACACAUCAUGCCGAACAAUAAAAACAGACACAAAAAUAAGCACGGCAAUAAGAAGCGUAAUAAUGAGCUUGAUGAUAAAAUUGACAACAUAGUUGUUGAUGGAAAUGCUGCUAAUAGUGAAAUAAACCACAACAAGGCAUAUGAUGUGAAUCAUUCGGAUAUUUUUGGCAGAUAUUUAGUGGCAUCGAGAGACUUGUCACCAUGUGAAAUCAUCAUUCAACAAAGCCCAUUAGUUAUUGGACCAAUUGCAAAUUGUAAUCAUGUACCCGUUUGUAUAAAUUGCUACAAUCCACUGGGAUCAAUGAGCGGUUGUUAUCGCUGUUCAAAUUGUCAAUUUCCACUUUGCGGUAAGCACUGCAACGAUAGAGAUCACACAAAAGAUGAAUGCAGCUUUUUCAAAGACAAUAAUCUAGCAAAAUAUUUACAUAAGGAUGAUAAUACUAUUGAGUUGCAGCAUGACUAUGAAGCCAUCAUCAUUCUGAGAUGUUUGAUGUUAAAAACUUUAUCGGAACAAUUAUGGCAGAAGCUCAAUGAAAUGGAAUCACAUUGUGAGAUACGAAAAAGCAUUCCAGCAUUGUGGAACCGUAAUCAGAAAACGAUUGUCAAUCGUAUUAGAGAUCAAUGGAAUUUAUUACAAUUUAGUGAAGAUGAAAUUCAUCGAAUUUGUGGAAUAUUAGAAGUGAAUUGUUUUGAGGUUGGAGGCGGACAGAGUAGCUCAACAGCUCGUGCCUUAUUUCCCGAAGCCUAUCUCAUGUGUCAUGAUUGUGUACCAAACACAAAUCAUACUGACAAUCCCAAAACACAUGAGCUUAUUGUGAGAACAACAAAAACGCUGAAAAAAGGCGAUGUCAUCAGCUUGAGCUAUGCUUACACCCUGCAGGGAACAUUAAAAAGACGAUCGCAUCUGCAUGAGGCAAAAUUUUUCUGGUGCACAUGUGAGAGAUGCAAGAGCAAUGAUGAAUUGGGUACUCAUGCAAGUACAAUUUUGUGUCCCAAAUGUUCAAACGGCUUCAUACUCUCAGCGGAUCCACUUAAUGAGAAUGCUGAAUGGAGAUGCCAGAAAUGCAAUUUUAGUCUGACUGCAGUAUUUGUGAUGAAUCUAGUAACGAGACUGUAUGAUGAACUUGAUGCAUUAGGUGGAAAUGAUAUCAAUCAAAUUGAAAUGUUUAUAAGCAAAUAUUCAAAGACAUUGCACAAGAAUCAUUACAUAUUUUUGUCAGCAAAACAUUCACUGUGUCAGCUGUACGGUAAAAUUGAUGGAUUUUUAAUCAACGAAUUGAGUGUGGAGCAAUUGAAGCAUAAAGAGACAUAUUGUAGAGAUUUGUUAGAAGUGAUUGAUAUCCUCGAGCCUGGCAGUAGUCGAUUACGUGGUGUUAUUUUAUAUGAGUUACAUGCACCUAUUAUGCUUCAAAUAACACGUGAAUUACAGAUGGGAAUGAUUAAACCAGCUGAUUUUAAGAAACGACUGAGGGAAGUCAUUCAAAUAUUACAAAGGUCAUAUGAAAUUUUAAGGCAUGAACCCAGUGGAUCUCAAGAAUUUGAAAUGGCUGUGGCUGCUAAGUCAGCUAUAAAUUCAAUGAAAUUAUAAUGAUAAUAAUCAGACAGACUUGAGGGCAAUUACUGUCUGUAAAGUAUACAAUGCUGUUAUUAUUGGUUUAUUGAUUUUUUUUUCUGUAAUUUGUAAUCAUUGGAAAUAAAAAACUGUGAACUUUUUUUACUAAUACAAUGAAAGGAUGUG